AUGCGUACUCAGUGCCGCCUCCUUGUGCUCUUUGCUCUCCUCGUUCCUCUGAUCGCAGCUGCCAGAGGCCCAGCCGUAGAUCAGGUUGCAGGUGGCUGGUCACCCAUCAAAGAUCUCAAGGAUCCACAUGUGCAAGAGAUCGCUAACUGGGCGGUCUCCGAGUACAACCGGAUAAAUCACAAGGGGUUAGUGUUCCAAGUUGUGCUUCAGGGCCAGGAUCAACUUGUAGCUGGAAUAAAUUAUAAGCUUCUCAUAAGUGUCAAGGAUGGAUCCUCCACCGCGAAUUAUGAGGGCGUUGUGUAUGAGAAUCUUGAUAAAAUUAAAAAAUUGACCUCCUUCACUAAAAAGUAA